GUCGUAAAUAGAUCACAAACGAAGAAUGGUUGCGUGGCUAGCAUGUCACCGGUUGUAAGCAGAGUGUGAGUCCAGUUUAAACAGUGGCGUCGUGUUUUCAUUGCAAAGGUUUAUAAGAUGGUGCAGCUGCACGUGAAACGCGGCGACGAGAGUCAGUUUCUGUUCAGCACCAGCGUGCACGCGCAGCUGGACACGGUCAUCCAGGAGAUUACAGCCAUUUACAACGGGAGACUGAAAGUGGACAGAAUAUGUUCAGAGGUCCCAGAGCUUGCUGACCAUGGCAUCAGUCUGCCACCCAACAUACAGGGCCUGACGGAGGAGCAGAUUUUCGAGCUGAAACUGAGAGAUGAAUGGGAGGAAAAGUGCGUUCCCAGCGGGGGGCCUGUAUUAAGGAAGGAUGAAAUUGGCAGGAGAAAUGGACAUGCUCCAAAUGAUAAAAUGAAAGAGAUUUUGAUGAGGACAGUGGAGGAGGCAAAGGCAUUGAUCUCAAAUAAUCAAGUCAAAGCUAAUGUUUGCGUCACGAUGGAGAUGGUGAAACAAGCCCUGGAUCAGCUCAGGGGUGCCGUUACGAUCGUGUAUCCCAUGGGGCUGCCUCCUCAUGACCCCAUCAGGAUGGAGUUUGAGGAGCGGGAAGAUCUCUCAGGAAUGCAGGCGUCUUUGCAGGUGAUGACGGAGGACGAGUGUCAGCUGUGGUGGGCUGGCAAAGAGAUGCAGAGGGGGAAGAAGCUGCAGGACUACGUCGGCAAAAACGAAAAGACCAAGCUUGUGGUCAAAAUCCAAAAGAAGGGACAGGGGGCACCAGCGAGAGAGCCUCUGGUCACAGAUGACCAGCAGAAGCAGAUGAUGAUGUAUUACUACAGAAGGCAGGAGGAGCUCAAGAAACUGAAUGAGGCAGAUGACGACACCCACAUGGACUCAGAGUGGUCAGACAGGCAGGCUCUCAAAAAACAGUUUCAAGGCCUCAACAACAUCAAAUGGGGACCAAGAUAAAGACAGGUACCACUCUGAUACCUGUCUGCAGGCUGCUGCCUUCACACAAUACUGACAUCUGCUUAGUACUGAUGUUAUUUGAGGACAUCCAGAGGACGUUGUACACAUCAGACAUUUCCGUAUGAUCCAGAUACACUGUAUAUAUAUUUUAACCAAAACUAAAUGUGAAGAAAUCAUCUGGACACAAGUAUGACAGCUAAUGACGUUAUUUGGUUAUUUUAUCUUCAUUUUCCAUCACUCUGUCUGUCAUAAGAAUGGAAACUUUCAACAAAAUAAAACUGCAAGAUAAA